GCAGAGCAGAGCAGAGCAGCUGCACGCGUUUCCGCGGUGACGCGCAUCGCCCGUCUCUUGAAUUUCGGAUGACAAAGAGCCGCGCGGGGGGUGAUGGGGGGGGGAACCGCUUCCUACCGGCCUCUUCGCCUCGCGGCUCCUACGUUCCACGCGGGGCGAUGAGUGUGUGUCAGUGAGAAGGGUACAUUUACCGUACUGCACACAUUUACUACAUGAUUUACCACACCGCGGGUCUCAUGCUCGUAGAAGAUCACCUUGAAGAUGACGAAGAACCACCUCUGCUGCUUCGUUCUUCUCCUCCUCGCUCGGCUGGGCUCGGGCGCGAGUCGGGCGCUUCCGUGCGGGCAGGGGAAGGUUCUAACCGGCGACGGCUGCGUCUGCCUGCGCUGCCCAAGGGGGCAGGAGCCCAGCAGGCUCUGCGGACGGGCUGGACGAGCGAACGCGGACCUCGGAUGCCGGGCUUGUCCCGCGGGCUUCUUCUCGGACACCUACGGUCCCGAACCCUGCCGCCCCCGCCGCUCGUGCGCCGCCCUGAACCGCGUGCCCGUCGGCGCAGGUGGGGCCGACGGCGACGCGCUCUGCGGAGGCUGCGUUCGGGGGUUCUCGUCUCCCGAAGGAGCUUCUGCCUCUGAGGCCUGCGUGAGAUCGGCGCGCGUGACCAGGAACGUCGGCAAGAGCGCCCCCCAGGGGCUGGUUGCGGCCAACGCCACCGACGUGCGCGGUUCCGAGGAGAAGAGCACCGAGUACGCCGUGUUCGCCCUCGUGCCCAUUUUCUGUGUCAUGGGGCUGCUGGGAAUCCUCAUCUGCAACAUUCUCAAGAAGAAGGGUUACCGCUGCACCGCCGACAAGGAGGGAGCCGACGAGGAAGGAGCCGCGCCGCAGAAGGACGGAAACGCUGGACUGCCGUACGCGGUGGACGACCCCAACGAGGACACCAUCAGUGUGCUGGUCCGCCUCAUCACGGAAAAGAAAGAGAAUGCUGCAGCACUGGAGGAACUGCUGCUGGAGUACGAGAGCAAGCAGAUGUCCAUCAGCAAGACUGCAUCCAUCAAGUUCCCGGCUCUGCCCCCGCUGGCGCAGUUCCGCUCGCUGCCCCGCCUCUGUUCGCACCAGCGCCACCUACACACCAUCAACGGGUUGGCGCUGCGCUCCGGCUCCUCCUGCUGCUCCCGCUGCAGCCAGAGGAAGUGGCCAGAGCUGCUGCUGCUGCCCCCUACUGAUGCCCUGAGCCCCCCUGCAGACCCUCCAGCCAGGACCCCGGCCCCUGGAGAGGUCACCAUCCUGUCUGUGGGCCGGUUCCGGGUGGCCCAGAUCCCGGAGCGGAAGGACGGCCCGCCGGACACCCCCCCCCAGGAGCCCAGCGACACGGACUCGGUGGACACGAGCCACACGGAGCCUGCGGAGGAGACGUCCCUCCUGGGCGCGCCCUCGUCAUCCUGCCCGCGGGCGAAGAGCAAGGUGGAGCCUAAAGGUGGCGGAGGUGGUUCGGGUGACGCCCGAGCAGCGUGUAACGGCGAGGUCUCUCCGCUGUUCCAGGGUGGGAAACUCGUGAUCAGACUCGGAGAAAGUAGCGUGCUCGUGUGAAGGCGAGCUGCUGAGCGCGCGGAGAACGCCGCCGCGCUGGGAUACGACGCUCGUCGUCCGGAGCCGGCAGAGCGGUGGCCGCGAGCUCGGUGGAGCGGUGCUGUCGUCACGUGCUUCUUUGCGGACCACGAGGACUUGAUAUUUUAGGAUCGCUGCUCACGAGCUUCUAAUUAAGAAGCGCAGAAGAGAGGAGAACAAUGAUUUUAGCCCAUGUGGCCAUGACAGAACACUGGAGCGUGAGCGUGUGUGUGUGUGUGUGUGUGUGUGUGUGUGUGUGUGCGCGUGCGUCAGUGGAAUUGGACCCUGCUCUCGCUGACAGUUUAUUCUUCAGCCCUAACACUGUGUGUUCAUGUAUUUCUAGAGCAGAGCAGUACCCCGGUAAGAGAGCGGCGAGAUGCAGCUUUUACUCCUCGCUAACUUUACCUUUAGCUGCGUCAGCCGUACCGUAGUAUCUUCUCGCCAAAGGCCUUUCCGGAGAACUUCUCUUUGUAACGGAGCAGUCAGUGCUGCAGAGUGCAGAGUGGCAGGAUGCCUGGGGAGUGCAGUGCGCCUAACCUCACCUCACCUCACCUCACCUCACCCUAACCGCAACACUACUACCGCUACUACCAUUGAUGUAUAGA